UUUUUUUGAGCUUGUGAUGGUGUCCUUGCAAUGUGGCAAUUUGAGCCCUGUAUGAGUGACUUAUGUAAUGAUUUUUUGUCAGCUGUGGAUGCAGUGGGGAGUGUGUGUGGUGUUUCAAGACUCUUGGUGCACUCAGAUUUGAUGUCUGGACAAAUUUCAUUGUCUGAAUAUACCGAAACAAAAUGCUCCUACCACCUUUUUCUGCUUUUUUCUCCUGCUAGUGCUGGGCUCAAGCUGUCAGAGGGAAGGAGGAAAUUAAUUUGUUGGGCUGUGUUUUUGCACAACUUUGUGGCUUGCUGCUGGUGUUUGAGAGGUUGGGAAAUGCACAUUUCCCAUUUCCUGUGAUGAGCGAUAAUCUUGAUAGGAUUGAAUUUGGAGGGAGUGUGCUGUUGACCUAAUGUUUGUCAGUGAUAACUAGAAGACAGAGCAUUUAAUCUCUAGCAAGGACACACAUGCACACACUCUAGUUGCUGGAUUUAGCAUUUAAACAUUCAAUAGAGCUGCAGCAGGCUUUCCUGGCACUUGGAAAGCACAUCUUUAAGCAUCUUGAUCUGUGUUUGGACAAAUCUGGGAACUGAUAAUUUUCCUGUUAAAAACAGAAUUGUCCUUGUUUUGAGAGUCAGAGCCCUCUGAAGCAGUGAGUUAAAUAUUGCUGCAGUAGCUCUGGAGGCAAACAGAGCUGCUGUUGUUUGCUCCAUAAUAGCACUUGCUCAGCCUCGGACACGAGAAUUUUUUACAAGAUGGGGAAUGUUGGCUAGGAUCCUGGAGUGUUGGCUUGGUGGUGGUUUUUCUUUUUUUUCCUGAAGUGCUUAUAAACUCUUGGCUUACCAGAGGACAGCACCCUUUGCACAAGCAUCUCUGCGAAGCAUCACCGUGGGCUUAGCCCUGAGCCUGUGAAUUCAGAAGGAUCCCAGCAGCAGCUUCACGUCACAAUGGUUUCCAUUCCUGAAUUCUACGAAGGAAAAAACAUCCUCCUGACAGGAGCUACAGGAUUUGUGGGAAAAGUGCUUUUGGAAAAGCUGCUUAGAUCCUGUCCUAAAGUGAAAGCAGUGUAUGUGCUGGUAAGGAAAAAAGCAAAGCAGACACCUGAAGCACGAAUAGAAGAAAUUACCAGCUCUAAGCUCUUUGACAGAUUGAGAGAAGAACAACCAGACUUCAAAGAAAAAAUAAUAGUAGUUGUGAGCGAACUUACACAGCCUGAACUGAAUCUUAGUAAACCAAUCAAGGAAGAACUUAUAGAAUGCAUUAAUAUUAUAUUUCAUUGUGCUGCUACAGUCAGAUUCAAUGAAACACUAAGAGAUGCUGUGCAGUUGAAUGUGGUUGCCACACAACAGCUCCUCUCCUUGGCACAGCGAAUGAAGAAUCUGGAGGUGUUCAUGCACGUUUCCACCGCCUAUGCAUAUUGCAAUCGGAAACAGAUUGAGGAAGUGGUGUACCCACCUCCCGUGGAUCCCAAGAAACUGAUAGAUUCCCUUGAGUGGAUGGAUGAUGAUCUAGUGAAUGAUAUUACUCCUAAACUGUUAGGCAAAAGACCUAAUACUUACACAUACACGAAAGCCUUAGCUGAAUCCGUGGUGCAGCAGGAGGGUGCAAAUUUAAACAUUGCCAUUGUAAGGCCGUCCAUCAUUGGUGCCAGCUGGAAGGAGCCUUUUCCUGGCUGGAUUGAUAACUUCAAUGGACCUAGUGGUAUCUUCAUUGCUGCAGGAAAAGGAAUUCUUCGAACAAUGAGAGCUUCCAACGAUGCGUUAGCAGAUCUUGUCCCAAUAGAUGUUGUUGUCAAUACCACACUUGCUGCAGCCUGGUAUUCUGCAAUUAAUAGACCAAGAAAAGUCAUGGUGUAUAACUGUACAACAGGUGGCACCAAUCCUUUCCACUGGAGUGAAGUUGAAUACCAUGUAAUUUCCACUUUCAAGAGGAACCCUCUCGAACAGGCCUUCAGACGGCCCAAUGUAAAUCUAACUUCCAAUCACCUUUUAUAUCAUUACUGGAUUGCUGUAAGCCAUAAGGCCCCAGCAUUCCUGUAUGAUACCUACCUCAGGAUUACUGGAAGAAGCCCAAGGAUGAUGAAGACAAUAACACGUCUUCAUAAGUCCAUGAUGUUUUUAGAGUACUUUACCAGCAAUUCUUGGACCUGGAGCACUGAGAACAUGACCAUGCUGAUGAACCAGCUAACCCCUGAAGACAAAAAGACAUUUAAUUUUGAUGUUCGACAACUACACUGGGCAGAAUAUAUGGAAAAUUACUGCCUGGGGACGAAGAAAUAUGUGCUGAAUGAAGAAAUGUCAGGCCUCCCUGCAGCUAGGAAACACUUAAAUAAGUUAAGGAACAUUCGCUACGGCUUCAACACGAUCCUCGUGAUCCUGAUCUGGCGCGUCUUCAUCGCAAGGUCUCAGAUGGCCAGAAACAUCUGGUACUUCGUGGUUAGUCUGUGCUACAAGUUCCUCUCCUACUUCAGAGCCUCCAGCACAAUGAGAUACUGAGGAAGAGGAUUUAGCAUUAGGACAUCUAUGCAUAUGGUGGUCUAACUGCACAAACCCUUUAACUUGUAAUCAUCUCACAUUUCGUGAAGCAUCAUUUCAUUUUUAACUGAGGUGAGAAAUAAGCGGGAUGGUAUUGGUAACGUUAGCUGUGUAUCUUCUGGAAAUGGAGCAAAUCUAAAGAGCAAGUGCCACGCUGAAUUGGCUUAGAAAAGCAUUUAGAUAACUUUAACUCUUUGACCUGGGGAAGACAUAUUAGACCACUGACCAACAUAACUGUGCAAUUUGGAACGUGUUUGAUUGGAAUCUGCCUUAACAUUAUUUUUUUUUCUUUUGAGUUUUACUCCACAUUGAGCAAGAUAAAUAUUGGCAUAGUAGAUACUAGUUGCUGUAGACCUAUUUAUUUGAUGUUCUUCUAAAUUACAAAGGGUUUUGCAAGUUGCAGAAGUGUACAAAUGACUCUGGAUCUCCUGAAAUAAAAUAAUUGAGAACUUUUGUAAUUUGUCUUUAGGCUUUACCACUUCUUCCUUUGCCCUCAAAGUAGGGAUGCAUCAAUGGUGCCUCCUUUGCAUAAAAGAAAAAAAAAAAUUAAAAAAUGAACCAACCUUCCUUAUUUACUGAAAGGCUGUUUGUAUAUCUGGGCUUCAGAAUGCACUUUGUGAUUCGGUUCUGUGCUUGAAACUAGCUGUGUCCAACUUGCAUUUGCAUUGGCGUGAACAAUUUGCUACUCUGAAAGCAGAACUGAUCCUUGCAUUGAGCAGAUAAAAGGAAGUGUUACCCAGAGAGGGGUAAAUAAAGGCAUUGACUGUUUUCUUUUUAAUGAUUUAUUUUUUUUUUUUAUUGAGAACACAGAGCCAGCACUUCUUCUGACUUCAAAGGGUAAAUGUAAUGAAAAGGAAUUUAUUAUGCUUGGUUGCUAUUUAUAUUGCUGGUAAUAGUAGCUGGAAGAUCUGUAGACUUUCAUUAAGAGAUACACCUGUUUUGAAGUUGUAAGCAAUGUUAGCAAAUACUUCAAGAAUUAAUUUUUUUCAAAAUCUGAGCUGUUAAAUUUGAUGCAUGGGCAACACCAAUGCACAAGCACACUUUCUCAUCCCUGCCCUAGUAAAGCCUCAUUUCACUGGGUAAGCAGAGUAAGAUGCAGCUUGCUCCAAAAUUAAAAGAUGUUAACAGCUCUUCCACCUGUCUUUUGACUUAAAUUGUUAGGUUUAAACCUGAAGAAAUCUGGAUUUUUUCCUGCAUGUUACUUUGUUUCAGUAGGGAAGACAUUUGUAAAAAUGGCAAGUUGUAAGAAAAGACUAAAUCCUUAUUUCUUUAAUCCAAGGCAAUACAUGAAGAUCCCUUUAAAUUUUGGUUGCACAGAUUUGAAAACACUGUAGUGUUCCUCUAAUUCAUGCACUGACCAGCACUCUUGCCCAGUGCUUGUUCAUUCAAAUCAGUGUGUACUGAUGAGUUUGUUCUUAAAUCUGCCUGGAAAGGCAAAUAAUGACUUAAUUACACAAGAACUACAUUUUACUUGCCCUUGGUAGUUUUUUGUCCUGUUGAAUUAAAUUUGUAAAGAACUUAUUUUGCUAUUCUUCUAAAACUCUUACUUUAAAGAGAGCACCUUUCCUGCAGGUGUAUAUCUCAUUUUGAAAUUAUAAUGGCUUCCUUGUUGAAGCUAAAUAUUCUGUAGUAAGUAGUUCAGCUGUAAUUCCUUUUUAAAAUUCCUGGUGUAUAUAUAAAGCUAGUGCUGAAAAGCCUAAAUGGUCUAGGACCACACCUUGUGUGAGAGACCUCUGACUGUGGCUGAAAUCAAUUAAGGCUUCUGUGCUUGGAGAUGUUACACUUUAACAGAUGCAGUAGGUGUAUGACAUUUUUAGCUGCCUCCCCAAGUAUCUCACUAGACCUGAAAGUAUGCUUAAGCAUUCUUGAAUUAUAGACUUUAUUCAGAGGGGCCUCCUGCCCAGUGAGACCCCUUGUCCCAUGUUGGCACGUGGCUGAAGUUUGCUAAAGAUAAGUACAUCAUACUCUGAAAGUUGUUCUGUGAAACAAUCCACUUAGGAAUUUUGGUUGUUUCUAACUAUAAACAUAAUACAUGAACAUUUUAACAUGAUACUUCUAAUGCUGAUUUGUUAACACCGAGAUAAACUAUGAAGCCAAUGAACCCAAUACUUCUGGUCCAAGACACUGCUUAGAAAUUUAGUAUUUUGGAUGAAUAAUAAGGAGAGGGAUUACUUUAAGCAUAAGCUUAUUUAACCUCUACACUAAACAUUUGCCAAUUUAGAGACCCAUUUUUUCCCCUCUUUGGAGACUGCUGUUCUGUGCCCUGUUGGUAUUUUACACCAAUUCAUCAGUCAUCCUAUUGAACUGACAGUAGAGUCAAUGUCACAUUUAUUCUGCUGGUUUUGUCACUUCCUGUGCUCGGUCUGUGAAAUUCUACCUGGAACUAUUGGAUUUUUUCCAUAUGGGAGUCCUGUCCUCCUGCAGUUCUUCACACCAGUGAUUGCACAUAAAGGAUGUUGGUUAGAAAUAUACUGGAACUAUAUUUUGGUCCAGGAAGGCAGACUCAGUGUUUUGAUUAGCAAGUUACAGGAGGGUUAUCAGCUGGUUAAUAGGAAGAGGAGCAGACUGAAACAAUAUUAUCACUGAACUGUUACUGGUUUUUAAAUUGGGGACCAGGAAAAAUAAAGACAUUUUCCUAUGUUUUUCUCUGCUGUAGGAACAGAUGUUUGGAAACAAAUGAUAGAUCUGUGAGCUUUUAUAAGACAUAAACAGAAAUAUUGGGUGCCUUUGUUUGUAAACCAAAAAUAAACAAAUCCCUUGAAAGUG